AUGUUAGCGCCAUCAUCUUCCCUCGUCUGUUUCAUAUUUCUUGUCAGAUCGGAAGAGGGCUGCUAUGGUCUCAGGGCGAGACCCACAGGAGGUGCCCUCCAGCUCUUGUCCUUACGCAAGCGACUGAUCGACUUCCUGCGAAUUAGCCAGCGGAAGGCACUUGCACCAGCAUUCAACAAUGCAGGGAUUCGGAAACUCAUACCACUAUUCUACGACUCAGUAUACAAUGCCAAAGGUGUAUGGAAUAUUGCAAUAGAAUCGAGCAAAGAUGGAAAUGCUACCAUCGAGGUUCAGAAUUAG